AAGUCUUACAUUUUCAAAAUGAUCGAAUUUAACCUCAAAAGGGUUGCAUUCUGGAUAUCAUAUGUCCUUCUGAUAUUUCUAUYCGUUUUGAGUGUGUUUUAUAUGUUAGUAGUGCUUCUUCGCCUGUACGUCAAGAGAAAGACGAGUUCAUUGUUGCCACAUCUUCGAGAAGUCGRCUCUCGACAAACCAACAUCAAACCAGUCGUUGURGGCUUUUUCCAUCCAUAUUGCAAUGCUGGUGGUGGAGGCGAACGUGUUUUAUGGAUAGGAAUACGCGCCAUUCAACARAGAUACAACUUUGUSAGAUGUCUUGUAUACACGGGCGACCAAGACGCCAAAGGUUCAGAAAUCCUCGAAAAAGCGCGCACUAGGUUYAACAUAUCUCUACCAGGACCCGUGGAAUUUGUCUACUUAAAGAAAAGGCGUUGGGUWGAAGCUGCUAUGUAUCCUUUCUUUACCCUCCUUGGACAAAGUUUUGGAUCRGYGAUCCUUGGAUGGGAGGCCUUGACCAGCUAUUUACCAGAUAUAUAUAUAGAUACCAUGGGAUAUGCUUUUACCCUUCCUCUAUUUAAAUACAUCGGUGGUUGCCAAGUUGGUUGCUAUGUGCAUUAUCCUACUAUAAGUACUGACAUGCUUGAACUUGUUGGUCGCAAGUCGGCAACAUAUAACAAUGCAUCGUUUAUUAGUAAUAGUCGUGUUCUCAGUGCCGUCAAGUUGUUAUAUUACUAUAUGUUUGCYGUAAUUUAUGGCCUGGCAGGAAGRUGUUCUGACGUMGUGAUGGUAAACUCUACCUGGACUUUCAAACACAUUGUAUCAAUAUGGAGGAAUACCAGUAAGACAUAUAUUGUAUACCCACCAUGCGAUACCAAGUCAUUCCAGGAAAUACCAAUCAAUCUUCACAAAGGAGACCAACAGCAUUACAUAAUGUCAAUAGCACAGUUUAGACCAGAGAAAGACCAUCCRCUACAAAUCAAGGCAUUUGCAGAAUUCUUGUUACGGAAAACUAAAGAUGAAAGAAAGAAAUACAAGCUGGUACUUAUUGGGAGCUGCAGAGACCAAGGUGAUGCAGAUCGYGUUGACGMGYUGAGAGAAUUGGCUCAAGAUAUAGGCAUAAGAGAGAAUGUUCAAUUCGCAUUGAAUGUGUCUUUUGAGGAACUUAAAAACUACAUUUCUAAUGCCACAAUUGGCCUUCAUACAAUGUGGAAUGAGCAUUUUGGCAUUGGAGUGGUGGAGUGUAUGGCAGGGGGGUGCAUCAUGCUUGCUCAUGAUUCAGGGGGCCCUAGAAUGGAUAUCGUUAUAGAAUGGGAUGGGAAACCCACAGGAUUUUUAGCCAGCGAUGUUAAGAGUUAUGCUGAUGCAAUGGAAACAAUUAUUCAUCUUUCUCCAGAAGAAAGGAGUGUUAUCUGUCACAAUGCUAGACAUAGUGUUGCAAGAUUUUCAGAAAGUUCAUUUGAGAAAGGCUUUCUGAGACAAACUGAAAGACUGUUUAUGGGUAUAUAGCAUAUUUUUGAGAAAGGAAAAAGUUAUUUUCAACUAUUAAACCAAGUAAAUAAAAGUAGUUAUUGUAGGAUUGUUAGAAUUAUAGUAAACAUUAGAAUAGCAAUUUAAUGAAUUUGUUUACAGCAGCCCUUGAUGGUUUUGACAGCUAAUAGGAAAGAAUAGAGAAUGAGUGUGGAGUCCUUAUGUGCCACUAAGGCWCCAUAAUCUAGAUGAUGAAAAGUGUAAAAAUUUCACUUUUCAUGACACAGUAGAAUUUGGAAAAUGUUUUGAGUAUUAUGAAAAAGCUUUUGCUGUGUAUCCAUUAUUUUACAUAACAUUUUUUUCUUAAAAGAUCUAAAUUGUUAAAUCAUUUCAUAUCAAGAUAUAGAGAAAGAACCAUGUAGACUUUUUUUCUUAAAAAAGUCCUUCCAUUUUGAAGUAUUAUAACUGUAAGUGUUCAAUGGUUUGCAGUAAUUUUAUUUUGAAUAGAUUCGGUUACAAUAUCACCUGCUGUCUUAGUGAGUGAAAAUACUGGUGAAACAAGAGCAUUUUAGAUAAUGUCUAAAACACCUUAAUGGUGUUUUUAGUCUCACUCUUGAAUAGCUUUAUAAACUCUGUAAAUURUACUGGUYAUUAAGGUGAUGGUCCAAGGCUGACCCACAAUGUAGUGUCUAACUAUAACAGAUGGUUCAGUAAACUGACAGAAUUAUCUGCCAUCUUGCUUCUUACACAAUAACAUGGGUAUCUCAGUACACACAGAUCUCAAUACAUUACACAACUUCAUUCCACCAAGUAGUCCAAGUACAAACACCCUUAUUUUUUUGUAGUUAGUUACUAGUCAUAAGAUAAGGCUGUAAAUGAAUACAUAAUGAAUUUCUGGACUAAUUUUCCCAAGAACAGGUUGAUAAUAAUAUAAUUUUUCAAUAAUAUAAUAAACUUAAUAAUAAAC